GCCACAUCUAUGGCGCGCCCAUGCGAUCGUCUUGGUCCCCCUUGCAGUCGCCGCCCCAGAUCCAUUAAUUUAUCUCGGCUACUCGCUCAUCCGCCCCAGGAAGAAGGGUCGCUCGGUGUAGCGGACGCGGAGGCAUCUACCGCGAGCCGAGGCUUCCCUUUGCCUUCUCAAUCUUAUUGGAAUCCACAGUUUGUUCAGAAGAGACAAUGGCAGCUGCAAGCGGCCUCGCCAUAGCCUUUUCAGGGACCGCGGCCACAAAGGCGGAGCCUUUCCAUGGAAACAGGACGUCCAAGUCUACAGCGUCGCCUAUCGCUGCUGGAACCUCCUUGCUUAGGUCUAUGGUCGGCCGGAGAGGCUCUGUGCGCAGUAGACCGCGGUGCGAGGCCCUGGUGGAUCACGAAGAGAAGGCAGCGGCCACUGUCUCCGCCCUUGAACAGUUGAAGCUGUCUGCCGAUCGCUAUAUGAAGGAAAGAAGCAGCAUCGCUGUUAUCGGUCUAAGCGUUCAUACUGCUCCAGUGGAGAUGCGAGAAAAGCUCGCCAUUCCAGAGGCACAAUGGCCUCAUGCUGUCGGUGAGCUGUGCAAGUUGAAUCAUAUAGAAGAAGCUGCAGUUCUCAGCACCUGUAACAGAAUGGAAAUUUAUGUGGUUGCUCUUUCUUGGCACCGUGGAAUUAGGGAAGUAACAGAGUGGAUGUCUAAGACAAGUGGGAUUCCAGUUUCAGAGCUAAGAGAACAUAUUUUCAUGCUUCGUGAUAGUGAUGCCACCAGGCAUUUGUUUGAGGUAUCAGCUGGACUCGACUCUCUGGUACUAGGAGAAGGACAGAUCCUUGCACAAGUAAAACAAGUUGUAAGGGUUGGUCAAGUCAGUGGAGGACUGGGGAAAAACAUAGACAGAAUGUUUAAGGAUGCCAUAACAGCCGGAAAGAGAGUACGCAGUGAGACAAACAUAGCAUCUGGUGCAGUUUCUGUAAGCUCAGCGGCUGUGGAAUUGGCCCUCAUGAAGCUCCCCAAACCCCAUGGUGAGUCUGCUCGAAUGCUGGUGGUAGGGGCUGGCAAGAUGGGGAAGCUUGUCAUCAAACAUUUGGCUGCUAAAGGGUGCAAAAAGGUUGUGGUCGUGAACAGGUCAGUGGAAAGAGUAGCAGCAAUUCGUGAGGAGCUCAAAGAUAUUGAAAUCAUUUAUAGACCUUUCACUGAAAUGCACUCAUCUGCUGCUGAAUCCGAUGUGGUGUUCACAAGCACAGCAUCAGACGUUCCACUAUUCCUGAAAGAAGACGCAGAAGCUCUUCCUCCUGUGAGUGAGGAUGUUGGGGGUGUAAGGCUCUUUGUCGACAUUUCUGUCCCUAGAAAUGUUGGUUCUUGUGUCUCAAAGCUUGAGCACACACGAGUCUACAAUGUCGAUGACCUCAAGGAGGUUGUUGAGGCUAACAAGGAAGACCGGUUAAGGAAGGCAAUGGAAGCCCAGGUACUAAUCAUUCAAGAGCUCAACAAGUUCGAAGCAUGGAGGGAUUCUCUGGAGACGGUCCCUACCAUCAAGAAGCUAAGAUCUUAUGCUGAUAGAAUUAGGUCCUUGGAGCUUGAGAAAUGCCUACAAAAGGUUGGUGAAGAAGCGCUGACCAAGAAAAUGAGAAAGGCCAUUGAUGAUCUCAGCACAGGUAUAGUUAACAAGCUUCUUCAUGGACCAUUGCAGCAUCUGAGAUGCGAUGGCAGUGACUGCAGGACCCUCGAUGAGACCCUUGAAAACAUGCAUGCUCUCAACAGGAUGUUUAGUCUGGACAUGGAGAAAGCAGUCCUGGAGCAGAAGAUCAAAGCCAAGGUAGAGAAAAUUCAGACCUGACCCAAAAUUUUUUACAGAAAUGUUAAUAGAUUUCAGCUUUUGAUCACUUUCUUUGCACAUUCUACAUUAUCCAAUCCAAAUAACAGAAGAACCAUCUCAGCCAUUUAAUCAAGAAAUGAUGAUCACUUGUGUCAGUUUCUUAUAGAGAUUAGCUGAUAGUUUUGAUAUUGCAUGUAUCCUAUAACGGCUGGAGUUGUGAUUGGUGUCGUUGCUGCAACUACUGUUAUGAUAUAUCUGAUUGUAUGAUUAUAUUGGUAAAUUAUAUACUAGAUUCCUUUUGACUAUA